UUAUUUGCGAAAAUGGCUGGCAAUUACAGGAAGGAAAGGUCGCUGGAGGAAACCCCGACAUGGGCUGUUGCGGUUGUGUGCGCAAUAUUUGUGAUCAUUUCAAUACUGAUAGAACAUGGGAUUCAUUCUCUGGGAAAGUGGUUUCAAAAACGCCAGAAGAAAGCCAUGAUGGAAGCUUUGGAGAAGAUCAAAGCUGAGCUGAUGCUGCUGGGAUUCAUAUCGUUGCUGCUAACUAUAGGAACGUAUUCGAUUCCGGCUAUAUGUAUCCCGGAAAAGAUAGGGUAUUCGAUGCUUCCAUGCGAACGGAAGUCUGUUUACGGAGGAGACGGUGAUAAAGGUAGCAGCAAAGGGAUGACACUGGUGACGGCGGCGGGAGGAAGUUACUUUCUGAUGGGAAAAGUUGCCCUGAUUUCACAAAGCGGAAUGCACGACUUGCACAUAUUCAUAUUUGCGCUCGCAGUUUUCCAUGUCCUCUACAGCGUAGCCACCAUUUUUCUGGCCAAGGCCAAAAUGAAGAAGUGGGAGGCCUGGGAAUCUGAAACCAAAACCCUCGAGUAUCAGUACACGAAUGAUCCUUCGAGGUUCAGAUUAACACAUCAAACUUCCUUCGUGAAACGUCAUUCUGGUUUCUCCGCAAUUCCCGGCAAAUGGAUAGUGGCUUUCUUCAGGCAAUUCUUUGGUUCGGUGAGCAAGGUGGAUUAUUUGACCAUGCGCAACGGAUUUAUCAACGCACAUUUUGCAGCCAACACGAGUUUUGACUUCCAUAAAUACAUCAAAAGAUCCAUGGAAGACGAUUUCAAAGUCGUUGUCGGAAUCAGUACACCUCUAUGGGGUUUGGCUGUCCUCUUCUUACUUCUAAACGUUUACAAAUGGCAAACUCUCAGCUGGCUGUCACUAGUCCCCUUGACGAUACUUUUGUUAGUGGGAACAAAGCUAGAAGUGAUAAUAAUGGACAUGGCGGAAGAAAUCCAAGAGCGGAGUGCGGUGGUGAGAGGGGCGCCGGUGGUGGAGCCUAAUAACAAGUAUUUCUGGUUUAAUCGACCCCAGUGGAUCCUCUUCUUGAUACAUUAUACCCUCUUCCAGAAUGCUUUCCAAAUGGCGUAUUUCCUUUGGGUUUGGUUUAAGUACAGCAUAGGGUCCUGUAUACACGAGAAAUUGUACUUCGUAAUUGGAAGGGUUCUCCUUGGGGUGUGCCUUCAAAUUCUAUGCAGCUACAUUACCUUCCCACUCUAUGCUUUGGUGACCCAGAUGGGGUCUCACAUGAAAUCAAUAUUCGAGGAGCAGACAGCCAAGGCUCUAAAGAAUUGGCACAAGGCUGCCAAGAAGAGAAACAGGAACAGAGCAAGAGGGAAGGAUCCGCGGGAAUGAACAGCCAUGCCUCGCCGUCGAUGAGUGUCGACUCCACGCCGAGCCGAGGAACAUCACCCCUACACUUGUUACACAAUCACAAACAUCGGUCCACCGCCGCAUGCGAUCAGACGGACGGCGUUCUCAAUUCUCCCACGCAUUCCAACUACUCUUACCCCUCCGAUACGGAAAUUUCUGAUAUCGAGGCUUUUUCGCCACGUCCUCGACAUGCGACGCCACCACUAGAU